UCUCCACCACCGAAUCACCUGGGGAGGAAGUUCUGCAGGAGAAAGAUAAUUGUCUUACAUCUGUUUUGCCCACAGACAAUGGUGAGGUCACCGUCCUGCAGGCAGGAAGGCAUGAGUUCCCCUUUACCUUCCAGCUCCCCGAGACCCUGGCUACCUCCUUCGAGGGAAAGCACGGCAGCGUGCGCUACUGGGUGAAAGCCAAACUGCACAGGCCCUGGUCGACGGUGAAGAAGGCAAAGAAGGAGUUCACUGUGAUCGAGCCCAUCGAUAUCAACACGCCUGCGCUGCUGGCUCCCCAGGCAGGUGCUAAGGAGAAACUAGCUCGUGCUUGGUACUGCAAUCGUGGCCAGGUUUCUGUGACUGCCAAGAUUGACCGAAAAGGCUACACCCCAGGUGAGGUCAUCCCUAUCUUUGCCGAGAUCGACAACUGCACAAGCCGUGCAGUGGUGCCCAAGGCAGCCAUCAUCCAGACUCAGACCUUCAUCGCCCGGGGCACCAAGAAGCAGAAGAAGUCAGUGGUGACCAGCAUUGUUGGCGACUCCAUCGCAGCAGGGAAGCGGGAAGUGUGGCACGGGCGGGCGCUGAAGAUCCCCCCGGUGGGUCCCUCCAUCCUCCAGUGCCGCAUCCUCCAGGUGGAAUAUUCCCUGAAGGUUUGCGUGGAUAUUCCUGGGACGUCCAAGCUGCUCCUUGAGCUGCCGCUGGUCAUCGGAACCAUCCCACUGCACCCCUUUGGGAGCCGCACCUCCAGCGUCAGCAGCCAGUACAGUGUCAACCUGGACUGGCUGAGCACCAUCCCGGAGCAGCCAGAGGCUCCUCCUGAGUACUCGGCAGUCGUGUCCAGCCCCGAGGCUGAGCAGAGCCUGGCUCCACCGUGCCGCAGUGAACUUGACGGCGUCCUGGAAGGUCCCUUCUUCGCAUACAUCCAGGAGUUUCGCUUCCGGCCACCUCCACUGUAUUCAGAGAUUGAUCCAAACCCCCCUUUGGCCAGCAUCCGCCCACGCUGCAUGACCUGUUGA